AUGAUGAAUCUAGAUGACUUAAAUUUUAAUAUAGAAACUGUGAAUUUGGACUCAGAGCUGGAAUUUGAGACUUUUGGUGGAAAAGCUAAUAUUGAAUCUCAGCCUUUAAAUAAUUCUGGUUAUUUAGGCAGAUUAAAUGAAUUUGAGCCAGGAGCUUCUAUAGAAGGUGAAAUAGGGCCAUUGCCUAUGGGUAAUCAGAAAAUCAAAGGAACAGAAAGUGAGGAUUUUAUUUCCAGACUCCUUGAUUGGUUUAAUCCCGCGAGUUGGCAGUUUCUCAAAGGUCACUUUGACGUUACCACUGAAGAAAUUAAGCAAAGAUUAAUUAACAUUUCAUUGGUGGCAUUUUCAAAAGAAAGUAUAUUGAAGAAUAUUAAUACAUUUGUUACAAAUGCAAAAAAUCCUGCAAUAAGUGGAAUCUCUGUUUUUCCUCAUAAAGGAGGGAAUGAUAUGUUUGAAAAUGGUUUUGAUCUUUUUUACUGCAAAAAUCUUGAUCAAAAUAGACGUAGUGAUCUUUAUGGACCUCUAUGGCUGAACAUAACUCUGGCUAUGCUAAUUGGUGCAUAUUCAACAAUUCUUCCUCACUUAAGAUCCAAGUACGUCUUAAACCCCGAUAUUACUCGUCUUACUUUAUCCUUCUCAUAUAUAUUUUCCAGCCUUGUUAUAACCUCUUCUAUUAUUUAUGGAAUUUUAAUAUAUAAUAGAGAGACACUUCCAAUUACUUUGAUUUUCACAAUAUAUGGUUAUAGUUCCUUGAUGUAUUUUCCGGGGAUCCUGCUUAUUAUUCUGUUUAACCAAAACAUCUUAAACUGGUUAUUUCUAAUUAUAUCGUCUCUUUUCAAUAUGAUUUUUCUUUAUAACUCUCUAUUCAUUAAUGGAAACAGAACUCAUACACACUCAAACGUAAUCUCUUGCAUAAUCAUCCCUAAUUUCCUCCACAUCAUUCUACUUAAAACUCUAUUCUUUUAG